AUGUCCCUGCAGCAAGGCCCCGCGAGUACCAAUGUCGGACAGCAGUCCCUGUCAAACAACCAGAAAGCCUCAAACGUCAUCGGGGAGUCCAUACUGCAGCUCGAAGCAGUACUGUCUCAACUUCGAGAUGCUAAAGCGGCGGCCGAAAAGGCUGAAAAGGAAUGCGAUGACUACAAGGCAACAGUCAACAAUCUUCAGGAGGAGCUGAAAGUCCUGAAGGAGGAAGGUGAUGCAAAGGACAAGCGAAUCAAAGACCUGAAAGAGGGCCUAUAUUAUUAUGAACGCCAAGUUUGGCCUGAGAGUCGAUGGACUUGGCUUAAAUCUAAUAAGCGCCCCUGA